UGCUACUUUUUUUUCACUCCUCAGGAGAUGCAGUUGAAGCACCAGGAAUGUCUGAAGAGGCAAAGAGAGGCUGUGAAGCUCCGAAUGAAGAAACUAAGUGCAAAGCAAACGGAAAUCAUUAAAAAGUCCGCAGUGAUGAAGGAGAGUAUAAAGAAGAAGUAUGAGGACAUCCAGAGGGUUCUGAAUGAGGACCUCAGGAUAACUCUGACCCAGCUGGAGAUGGAGGAGAGAGCUGCAGUCACAGCCCUGGAGGACCUGAUGGAAAAUAAUUGUAUCAUCAUCCAGGAGAUAGAGCAGGAUCUGGCCAAGCUCACCACUGAGCUAGCCCAGAAGGACAUUAUUCUGCCUGAUACAAUGGACACAGAGAUAGAAGGCAGAGUGAUGGAUCUGCUGAGCAGGACAGACCCAAGCAAAGUGAACCUGGACGAGCCUAAAGCUGACCAAAUUCUCACCCUCACCAACAAUAUGCUGCUACUCAUCCACUCCCAGACCCCCAUUACCAAGAGACUCAUCAAGAGCUAUUCUACAGAGGUGUCCCUGGACCCAGAGACAGCGCACCCCAAGCUGGUCAUCUCCCUGCACGGUGACAGUGUCACCUACACAGACACCUGGCAGGAACUACCAGAGCUCCCAGGACGCUUUGACACCACCCUCAACGUGAUCAGCCUGCAGGGCUUCAGCUCCGGGCGUCACUACUGGGAGAUAGAUGUGGCUGGGAAGACUUACUGGGAGCUGGGCCUCACCUACCCCACCAUCUCCCGCAAGGGCCGGGCUGAGGACUGCUGGCUGGGUCGCGGCUCUGACUCCUGGGCCAUGGAAUUCUUUGACGGGGAGUACACAGCCUGGCACGGUGGGGUGCCCCACCAGCUGCCUGUCACGAAACACUUAAGCCGUAUUGGGGUCCUGUGUAGUUUCCCAGCGGGCCUAGUGUCUUUCCUGGGGGCGGACAGCAUGACUCCUCUGUUCUCGUUUUGUGUGGGGGCGUUCAAGGACUGUCUCCACCUGGCAUUGUGCCCAGGUCACGACCACAACGGUACGAACGCCAAACCAAUUUUGAUCUGUAACGCACCUCCAACUCCUAGUUCUAUCCAGAAUGCCCAAGAAUGCUGACUCUGCUCCUUAUGAUACUCAAAGGGGAUGAUUCCCUUUUUAAGCGAUUUUCUCUCCACACGUAUUCUGACCUUGAACAUAGGCAUUAGAAUAGCACACUACUCACCUGCUUUUCUUUUUGGGUGGAUAUCUAAUAUCUAAUGAAGGUGUGGCAGAGGUGUCUAUAGAUAUGCCAUAUUCUCACAUCGACUUAAUGUCCUAAUAAUUCAUCCACCUUUACGCAAGAGGAAAAAGUAUCUACUUAAUAUUUUCCGAUAGAAAUAACAUCAUUCUCCAUGCAGUGUAAUUUACAAUUUCAUGAGAGCUAUUGAAAAGAUCUAGGUAAAUUAGUAAUCCAUUUGGAUAAGGGGAUUGUAAAUAUUAAUGAUACUUGUUUUAGAUAUAUUUUAUCUUAUAAUCACUGGAGACAAUUGUGAAACCAGUCAUAUGGCAACAAAAUUAAGCAUAUCGAUAUAUCAACUUUGUCACAUUAAAGAGUAUGAAAUGCAUUAUGCAACAUUUUAAUUGUACAGCCUUUUAACUUGCAGGGAUGGGCCCUCUUGAAUAUCUUAAUUAUAGGCUACCCCAACUUUCUCUGUUUCCUAUUUCUAUUGUGUUAAAUAUUAGCCACUAUCAGUAUUGACAGUCAGUAGGCUUAAUAACAACACAUCUGCCAUUCUGCCCUUCAGAAAGGCAGUUGACCCCCAACAACAAUUGCUCCCCGGGUGCCGAUGAUGUCGUUUAAGGCAUCCCACGCACCUCUUGGGUUAAAUGUGGAAGACACAUUUCGGUUGAAUGCAUUCAGUUGUGCAACUGACUAGGUAUCCCCUUUCCCUUGAAUAACUGAAUGUGGCACUUUUCAGAAUGAAUCAAACCAAUGUCUUUUGUCUUUUGUGAUUCACAAAUGUGACCGAUAGACUCAAAUCGGGCUUAUGUAGCAACAUUUGAAAUUGCGAUUUUUACAUUGGAUUAAAGUAGAGACAAAAUUGUAUAUAAUACACUACUUUUGAGGAACAAUGGGAAAGUAAUUUUGCAUUGAAAGUUGAUAAACUUGUAAACUCACUUUUGAGAAAAUGUCCUUUGAAUGUUUUGGAACUACUACUGGAGACCCCUUCUUUGUCAACACCCCUUCGGCAUCAUUCACAACCUCUUAAGGUUUAGCCACACCCAUCUCUUAAGGGUUGAUCCAAGCUUGGUGUACUAUCAACAGCAAUCAAACACCCAAGCUAACUUGCUAGUUACUUCCAGACACAAAUGAGAGAACAGCUCACUCAAAAUUACUCGCCCUAGCAGAGCUGGUUAGGCUGUUAUGUUAUCCAGAGCUUUGGUGACUGCAACUGUGCUGUCAGAUUGUCCAUUCUUCAGAGCGUUUCGCUCUCGGAGCAUUCAGAGCGCACAGUGGACGCUAUGACCGAUGAGUAGGAUUGAUCAGAAUGUUCUGACCUCACAGUAGUGAAGCACCCAAACUAACUGGCUAACAUUGGCUGGCUUGCUAUCUACUUCCAGACACAUAAUGAGAGAACACCCCACUCUGACCACUUAUUUUGUGGUCCCAAAAAGAGACAGAGGAUUUUGACCGAUUCUGAACCUCAAUGGGUACUUGAAGGUACUGAGGUUCCACAUACUGUCCCCAGCCAUGUGUUGCAGGCCGUGUCCAGGGACCUGUGGUUUGUGAGGCUGUACCUGAGGGUUGCAUACUUCCAUGUACCUGUUCACCCAGCUCAGUGGCAGUACCUCCGAUUCGCUUUCGAAGGGACGGUUCUUGGCACCCCUCUCCUUUGCACCCCGCACUUUCAAUAAGUGUUGAUUCUCAAUUACCUGGACGAAUGACUGAUUUGUGCCCUGACCAGGAUACAGUUCCUAUCAGACAGAGACAUGCUCCUGACCCACAUCGGCGGGCUGGGUAUUACUGUAACCGACAAGAACAGUUGUCUGAUGCCCACCCAGAGGGUGGCCUUCAUUGGCAUGGAGCUGGACUCAGUCCUCAUGAGAGCAUGCCUGUCCACCAGAAGGGUUCAGGCAAUCUCACCUUGCCUCGAUCACUUUUGACAGGGGCGGCCUCAUUGUUGAUUCCCCUGAGCCUGCUCCAUCUCCAGCCUCUUCAACAGUGGUUCAACUCCCACCGGCUGCACCCGAAGUGCCACUGUCACCGCCAGCUGUGGAUGACCACACAGUGCCUCUUGGUAUUGUUGAGGUGGCGCUGUGACCCCUUUCUCUCAGGUGGGGUGGAGAUGCUGAGGAUGUGCUGCCGGGAGCUGGUCAGCACAGACGCCACCCAGAAUGGCUAGAGGUGUGUGACCAAGGGCAGGUCCGUCAGCGGAUGUUGGCUACCCCCUUGGAGCGGCAGGCACAUCAAUACACGAGUGCUCCGAGCUGUAUUGCUGGCCCUGCAGUCUUUCCUUCCACAUCUGAAGGGAAGACAUGUCCUGGUGAGAACGGACAACACCAUAGUAUUGGCUUACAUCAACCAUCAGGGUGGACUUAAGUCCCACCGCCUACAUCUUAUGGCAUGUGAGCUCCUUCUCUGGGCUCAGGGAUGUCUAGCGUCUCUACGCGCAGCGCAUGUACCUGGCAUCCUGAAUGUGGCAGCGGAUAUGCUGCCAAGGGAGGUUCCGCCACCUUGGGACUGGAGCCGACAUCCCCAGGUGAUGCAGCAAGUUCAGGAGGGCGCAGGUGGACCUGUUUGCCUCCCUGGACAAUGUGCACUUCCCCCUGAGGUACUCCAUGUCGGAGCCACCUGGGCCUCUGGGCUUGGAUGCUCUGGCUCACGAUUGGCGCGGGCUGGAGGUUUACGCAUUCCCCCCUUUUUCCCCUGUUCUGUGCUGGACAGGACCAGCAUGGCAGAGCAUCGUCUGCUUCUGGUGGCCCCAUACUGGCCCAGACAAGCCUGGUUCAGCCUUCUCCUGUCCCUGUUGUCUGGGACACCUUGGCUAUUUCCCCUGAGACCGGACCUGCUGUCUCAGUCGGUGGGCUUGGCCACUGAACGGUGCCAAUGGUCCAUGUCAGGACUACAGGAGGGUGUAAUGAACUCCAUUCAGAGAGCAAGGGCACCGGAUACAACCGUGGCAUACCAGUUGAGCUGGUGAUUGUUCUGCUCUUGGUGCACUGGUAUUGAGGUGGUGCCUGAGUCAUGCGGGGUACAGUAUGUCCUCCAAUACCUGCAGUCUCACUUGGAUGAAGGCUUAGCAGCCUCUACACUGAGGGUAUUUGGCUGCUAUAUCUGCUUGCCAUGUGGGGUGGAUGGACAUGCCAGUGGGGCGCCAUCCCUUGGUCUCCAGGUUUAUGAAGGGGGUUCGUCGCCUGCGACCAGCUAGAACCUGGUCAAUGGCGAGCUAGGAUUUGAAUGUGGCCUUUUCAGCUUUGGCAAAGCUGCCUUUCGAAACGUUGUAGUCUCCCUCCGUGAAACACCUCUUUAUGAAGGUGGCUUUCUUGGUAGCGAUUACUUCCAUGAAGAUGGGGGUGAGCACCAUGAGUGCUAAUGGAUGAACCCCAGUGGGAGGAGUAUAUCUCUCUCUUACAAAGGUUCUGUAAAGGUUCUCUCCAGUUCAGCCCUGAUACAUGGCCGCCAGCAGAGAUUAACAUUGUUCCAGUACCACAGUGCACAGCAGAAGCACGAGCAAAACACAGUUGACAUGAAGGGACAGGUGGAGAGAACCAGGAAACUAAUGACAACCGCAGUAAAGGGGAAAAUACCGCUACCAAGGAACUGUGUUUGAAAACGGAACAUUUAAAAGAAAUAGCAAAACCUUAUGAUGACGAACGAGCACAAACUCUUCAACAAAAUCAUCUUCUGCAGGAACACAAUCCUCAAACUAGAUAAAUCUGUUGAGUUAUCUAUGAACAGGGGCGCGCAAUGCAUGCAGUUUUGAUAAACAACAUUCAAACAAUAAUGUUCUAGUCCAAAUGCUGCAGACCAAAGACGAUCAGCUUAUGAACACCAUAACCAAGUUGGAUGACUAAACCGCGGAACUCAUUGAAGUCUAAACAAAUGAACGAUGAGAGAACCCAGGUGAACAAAAUGAUCUCUAAGCAAGCGGAGGACAUCUGAUCAUUGAAUCUCUUGCUCCGCACUCAAGACCUCUACCUGCAAACCAUGACAGAUAAGUAUGAGACCGAAAGGAGCAACUGCGACACUCACAUGUCUAAAAUAAGUACUCUAAGCACCCAAGUGGACCCUGCGAUGUAGCAGAAUACCACCCUUAGGUACCAUCUGGAGGGAUUCCAGAACAGUCACGCGCUACAGCAUGACUACCCUACCCAAUCAAGCUCGCAACCAGGUGGCGAAUCGCAUCUCUGCAUGUCUGGCAGACAUAUCAGUGUGGAUGACGGAUCACCACCUCAAGCUGAACCUCGGCAAGACGGAGCUGC